AAGAAAACAAAUGCAGUUGGAACUUUGUAGAAUUUAACAAUAAUCCUCUGAGUCUACAUAUAUUAACAUAGCCAAAAAUUAUGAUGAAGCAACCAUGGAGCAGCAAAGGAAAAUUGAAAAAGAGGUUGCUGAGAACCAAGCCCUUGUGAGCUUAAUGAUUGAUUUCGAUGCUGUCAGUGCUGAUUAUUCAAAAGAGGACGAGACCUACUUAGGAAAAAUCCAGGAUUUGAAAAGCAGGUAUAAAUGUGUAAGAAAGACAAGAGGUGAUGGCAACUGUUUCUACCGAGCAUUUGGGUUUGCCUACUUAGAACAAUUGCUGACCAAUCAAGUGGAUUUUUCCAGGUUUAAGGAGGUAGCUUCGAGGAGUAAAGAGGAGCUGGUAGACCUCGGGUUCCCACGCUUUACAAUAGAGGACUUCCAUGAUACUUUCAUGGAUGUAGUGGAAAAAGUUGGCACACCAUGUACAAAGGAGGAACUUCAUGAAACAUUCAAUGACCAGGGAACGUCUGACUACCUGGUGGUGUAUCUCAGAUUACUGGUGUCCGGAUAUCUCCAAAAAGAGGCAGAGUUUUUUCAAAACUUCAUUGAAGGGGAAAGAUCCGUCAGAGAAUUUUGUAAUCAGGAAGUUGAACCUAUGGGGAAAGAGAGUGAUCACCUUCAAGUGAUGGCCUUGACCUCUGCAUUAGGAGUAGCAGUGCGAGUGGUUUAUAUGGACCGAGGAGACAGCAGUCGCUGUAAUCAUCAUGACUUUCCAGAGGACUCUGUGCCCUCUGUGUAUCUUCUUUAUCGACCUGGACAUUAUGAUAUUUUGUAUUCCUGACGGCAGAGAUUCACUUCAUUCUCAUCCAUAGCAUAUUAGUCCCAAAGGCAAAAUAGGACUUAAAGAAAUUGCUUUUCUUAUAUGGAUCAUUACCUUUGUAACACUUUAUAAGCUGGGCAACAAUGUCCUUGAUUCACAUGACAUAUCAUUAAGCUGCAACAGAUACUUUCAUUGAUGGAAAUAAGAUGUCAAUUUUGAUAACAUCUUUUGAUUAAUUAACAAGUUACCAAAAAGUUUGACACAACAAUUUAUUUUUUGUAAAUGUGUUGAUGCAAAAAUUGGUGAACAUGAUAUUCACAGCUGAGUUUUUGAGACAUCAUUCCAUCAAAAGCUCUUUUUUGAAGUGAAGUAGUAAUCACAAAGGUAAUUUCUGAUCUAGAUUAAUUACCUAUGUAUCAACAUUUAUAUUGUAAAUCAAUACAAACAUUCUUUCUAAUGAAAGAUGGCAAUAAUUUAACUGUAUUCGCAAUGAUUUUCACUUCAAUUCAGACACAUUUUCAAGUGAGCUUAUGCCAUACUGAGGCAUCUGUCAAUCAUCAAUCAACAACUGCUCAAACACUGCUAGUAAGUCAUGAACGACAGAGCAUAUUUUGACCUGAAGGGCAGAUGGAGAAAUGAGGCCACUGUCCUAUAGGAAUAGUCAGAUUUUGCCCAUAUUUGGUCUGAAGAAGAAUCAAAUUGGUAGAAACAGUGAAUCUCUGCCUCGUGGAAACAGAGGGGUGAUACCACAUAGGAGAAAUAGAGUAAUUUCUUUAAAAUCCUGCUUCGCCUGUAGGAAUGAUUGGAGCUGGUCUGAAGAAUUUGUGGGUGAAAUGAAUAAAUUUAAAUGUUGGUGAAAAAUUUGUAUAAAUGGUGGGUCUCAGCACUCUGGAGCAGGAGGGGUCAAAGGAUCAAGAUGACCUAAUCAGGCUUCGCCAUUGACCUUCAUUCACAGGAUUACAGGGGUCAAAUAUGCUAAACUAGAACAACAGACAGUUCAAGGUCACCAUACCUUUCAAGGUCACAAGGGUCAAAUAUGUAAAAAUGCUUAAGCAACUUCUUUUCAAUAACCAAGAGGCCAAGGGUCUUGAUAUUGGGCCUGUAGCUUGCUUUUUCAACAAGCAAUAUGUGCAGAGUAAUGGCGAUUGUGUAGUACAGUAUUGUAAACAAUAUGAUUUCAAGUUUGCCAAAAAUGUCAUGAUGAACACACAAUGUCUUAGAUGUAAGAUGAACAGUAGUUUAGUAAUUCAUUUUAAGUCUUUUUGGCCUCUUUCAUAUAUAGAUCUUUAUAGUGAGAUGAUCAUUAAGGCCCGUGGGCCUCUAGUUGGAUAUUUAGAAUUCCUUUUCCUUUGGUUUUUAUUUCAGCCAAGCAAUGCCAGAUGAGCAAUACAGGCCCUAUGGUCCUCUUGACCUCUUGUUUCUGAUAGGAAUGACAGAGUGUGAUCCCCAAAUGGUCUGAAGCAUUCUUAGGUGAACAAGACUUGUAUAAAUGCUUUUGCUGACCCUGUUCAGGCAGAGAAAUUGGAGAUAAUAGAAAGAUAUGCAAACAAUUAAAAUUCUUUUUCUUUUGGAGAAAAAAUGAAAAUAUAAGCCUAACAAAACCAUGUUCACCAUGUAAUACAAGACCUAUGGGCCUAUUGUUUUCAAGUUUGCCACAUUAGAAUGGGUUAGUAUAGAAUUUGCACCUGUCGAAUAUCAAUUGAGACCUGGGUAUGAAAUUCUGGCCAUGCAGUAUUGUUGCAGUGAAAAUCUAUGUCGCUUUGUCAACAAGUUGUUAUUUGCCAUUAAACUGAUUGGAGUAUGGCUAUAGGCAGUGUUAUGUUAUGAAUAUCCACUGUAACAAAUUCAGAAACUUCGUAAUCAGAGUCAAUGCUGCCAGAUUCAUGGAUUCAUUUGGCGAGUUACACAUAUACAUGAACCUUCUAUUAGGGAAGCAGUAAUGUUUUUUCUAGGAUUUUGACAGUAUUAGUUUGCCAUCAAUAUUUCUAAUACUUGGAUUAAUCUCAAAUUUCAUUUGUAGGUUCUCAUUUGUCCUUAGUUGUGAAUUGUCUAAUUCUGGAACUGUAAUAGAUUGUUAUCGGAAUUUUUGAUGGACUUGAUGGAUAGAUAUUGCAUUUCAAAUGCUGUGACCCCUUGGACUCUAUUUGUGCAUAUUCCCAUUUUGGGACCAAUUCAAGAAACAAAGUGGCCAACAAAUAUUAAAUUUCAAAUGCUGUGGCCCCUUUGACCCUAGUUGAACGUUUUCCCAUUUUGGGACCAAUUUAAUAAACCAAAUGGCCGAUAGGCGGCAAUCUUGGAUAUCAGUAGUAUCUGUUUGUUAUCACUCUUUCAAGAGGAGUACUUGAUAGAUAAUUUUCAAAUUGCACAUGAAGGUUCCCAUUGGCCCCAUUUUGUGCAAUGUCCAAUUUUUAGGAUUGAUUCGCUUUACAAAAUGGCAGACAGGCUGCCAUCUGGAAUUUUGACAGGAUAUUUCCAUUAAUAACGGUUUAUUUCAGUAGAAAUACUUGAAGGAUCUUUCUCCAAUUUCAUAUUAAUAUUCCUCUUGGUCUCUUGUUAUGCUUUAUAAAUUUCGGGACUGACCAGGAGAACAAAAUAACCAACAGGCAACCAUCUUGGAUUUGACAGUAAUAGGUUAUUUUUAUAGUUUCUUGAGAAGAAUUUUCAAUUUUCAUGUAGUUCCGAACAAAAGCUGGAAAGAAAAGUGAAGGAGAAAGGGGGAAAGAAGGAGAACAAAGGAAGAUGUAGCCAUAAUGAGUGCCAGGAUCCCUCUUGAAUAUUUUAUUUAUAGGAAAAGGACCUACUGCAGGAUAGCUGAUAAAGUGAUUCUUUGUGAAAUGUUUUAUAUAACAUGUCAAAAAUAAAAAUGGAACAUUUUAUUUUUGGUGCAAUUACAGCUCCGUCUUUUACUAAUUCGGACUGAUUGAAAUGUCCGGUAGUAUCUACAGGAGAAUAACAUGUCUAAAUUGUGGUUUGAUUUUUUAUUGUUUACAUAAUACAUUGUACAUGAAAAAUAGUGACAGACAGGGGUACCAAGUCAUCCCUCAUUGCAUUCUACAGGGGCAAUGCACGUGGCGAUGACCUCUCCAUGAAUAAGUUGGCAACAAUUGGAGACAUCACACUGCCAACGGCUUAGCCAAACAGUUGAUGAUAGAUGUCAAAUUAUGUUAUUGUAAGCACAAAUUCCAGUAAAGCCAUAACUUGCUAUGCUCUAUGCAGCUCAGAAUGAUACCAAGUGCAUUGUCAGUGGGUGUGUUGGUGAAAAGAGGCACUACAUCAUGUUUAACUCCUGAUUGUUUUGGACUUAUACUUCAUGCAAGGUCUUUUUGAGUUUUUAGAUCACCUAGCCCGAAUGGCCAAGGGAGCUUUAAGGAUACUGUGGCGUCUGCCAUCCGUCGACUGUCAACUUUUUUUUUUUUUACAAAAUGCUACUAGUCAUGAACAACUCAGGCAAAUUUUUACCAAUUUGAUCAGAAGCAGCCUUAUGGGAAUGGGAACAUAACUGCUUUAAAUGAAGUGUACCAGCCCCCAAGGACCUAAGGGAUGAAACCAAAAAGGGGAAAUUUGCAUUUCUUAAAAUCCUAAUCCUCCUGCAGGAAUGACUGGAUUUUGCCCAGAUUUGGUCAGAAACACCUUGGGUAAAGAAAAAUCAAUUUUGUAUAAACGGUGGAUCUCGGCCGGCUGGGGUUGGACAAAAUACGGGAAUUGAGUAAAAUCAUGUAAAAUCAAAAUCCUCCAAUAGAAUAAGUGGAUUUUGUCCUUAAUUGGUCAGAAUCAUGUGUUGGUGAAGAGGAAUCAAUUUCGUCUUCAAUGGGUCUCGUCAGCUUUCCAAAAAACUUGAAUUUGUUAUUUAAGAAAAAUCAUGUUUUCCCUGGUUAAACUUCCAUAACUUUUUAUAUUUGUAAUAUUAAGCUUUAUAUUUGAAUUCAAAACGUGCAGCAGUCUUUGAUGAACAGGAUUUGACCAAUUUAAUGAUUUAUUAUAGGAUUUUGAACAAGUUUUUGGUUAAGAUAAGCACCCAGACUCGCACCCAUGACAGGGAUCAUAAAAAUAAGUCGUAGUGCAGGCCAUAGGUAACUUUUGGAUUUUUCAAAUGCAUUCUUGAGAGCUUACUGGGGUUUUAUAAAUAAGACACAAUAAAGAUUAAAUUGUGAUUAAAAUGAUAUUGUACUUUCUUUAUGAAUUCAAUGUGCAUCUUACUGUUGAGAUGCAAAACAUUAUUAAGUAACUGUGCAAAAUCAUGGGUAUCCUGUUUUUAUCCUAGUAAUUCAAAAGUUAUCUUUAUUACAAAUCUGAACUUGUUUCUGAAAUAGAGGUAUCAUAUAUUAUCUUUAAAAUCUCUGAUUAUCAUACUGUAGACAUUUAGGCUUGGCCUUCAUUGGUAAAUGGAGUGACUUUCAUUGAAAAUAUUUCACAUAUUACUUAUUAAAGAAAUCACUUUUAAAAACAUUGCAUUUAUUGACCAAAUAAAGAAUGUGCUGGUGGAUAAGGGGUUGGAUACAGUGUGCUUGACUCCAAAACAUUUCUGACAAACAGAAAAGCAAAGAAUUAUAAGAUGAAGCUUAGUAGCUUUUAACACAAGA